CAGAGCGGAGGAAGGAGGAAGAGAACAAGGGCCCGGCCUUCUCCAGCGGACACCCGAGGGGCUGGCAGCGCAGGGCUGGGGCGGGAAGGGUGGCUGAGAAGGCGGGAGAGGUCAGACAGGCGGAGAGGGGCAUGGGGAGGGCCGGCAGAAGGGGCGUCGCUGCUCGCGUUACGCUUCCAGAGCCUGCGGCAGAGGCGGCGGAGCUGAGCCGCGGAGAAGAUGGGGUUUGUACCAGCCUCGGCAUUUCUCCUCGCAGCGCUGGCACCGCCGCCCCUCGCCGGGCCUUGGCGCCUUUUAGGCCGCGGCGGGUGAGCGCGGGCGCCGGCCAGCGGCACCUUGCCCCGGACUGGAGGGGAGGGCGCGGCGGGGCCGCGGCUGGGGGACUCCGUGAGCCCGGCGGCUCGCCCCUCUCCGGAGCGCACCAGCUCCGGCUGCUGCCGGGCCGCGGCCGGGACGGAGCUCCCCGCGAGCCCCCCGGGGGCCGGCGGCGGCCGGGAGGGGGCGCGGGACUCGACCCUUCCGCUCCACAGCUCCGCGCUCCCAGCGGCGGAGGCGUGGGAUCGCUCGCCGCGGUAGCCUGGGAGCCCAUGGCGGGCAGCGACGCGGAUGGCGAGGGUCUGGCGUGCAGACACGGUGCGUCGCGGCGGCCGGCGGCCUCCAGCGAGCGGGAAGGCGAGGCUGCGGCUGACCGCCCGGAGCCGCUGUCCACUGCUGAAGCUCCGGCCAAGGGCGCGGAGCUGCCCGCUUGGAUGCGUCUGUACUUCUACGGAAUGCACGGGAUCACCCUGGACGUGCUUGUGUCCUCCGCGCGGCUCUUCGCUCGCAGCCCCGACUUACGAAUGCUGGGCUUCUCCUCCCCCUUCCGCUGCCUCUUGCACUUGCUCACCCACUUCGCUCUGGAGAAGGUGUACCUGCAACAGCGGCACUGCCCCAGCCCCUUCGUCUUCAAUUUUCUUCUCUACCCCUCCGCGCACGUGGUUCUGCAGACCCUAGCGGGCCAGGUGCUGCUGCUCUGCCUGGGCGGCGGGCUGGGGGGCGCGGCAGCGCCGGGGGCUCUGGACCUGGUGCUGCAGUACAUACUGGCGCUCUACCACUCGCAAGUGUUCCUGAAGCGCUUCCUGCGCUUGCGGUACCGACGGCAGCUGCAGCAGCAGCCACAGGGCGCGUCCCUCGCGCCUCCUCGCACCCGAGCCCCCGCGGCGGCUGGUGGUGGGCGGCGAAGAACCCGUGGCCUCACGGGCGCCGAAGGAGCCCCCAGCAAGGGGCUGCCGGACCUGCUCCGCUUUCUUUUUUACGGAAUGCACGGCUUUUUGGAUGAGAUUUUCUUCACCUUCUUCUUUAACGUGCUGGGGCAGAGGGACAGGGCAACCAGUGGCCACACGUCGCUCUGGUCAUUCUUUAUGUAUGGCAGCUGCAGUUUCAUGGUGGAAAAGCUCUAUUUCCACCUUCACUACAGUCGAGGCUGGAGCACCUGGAAGCGGGUGCCCAUCUACGUCAUCUUCAUCUACGUGUGGGAGCUGUCCUGGGGUCUGGGACUCCGCGCGUGCGGCGCUUGUUCCUGGGACUAUUCUCACUACCCGCUCAAUUUCUUGGGCCUCAUCACCCUGAUGUAUUUACCUGGUUGGAUAUUCCUUAGUGUAUACCAGGACCUACUUUCCAACGUGUUGUGGCGCGUGCAGUACAUACCAAUUGACUAAAAAAGAAACAAAACCAAACUCUGGAUUCCUACCAACCAAUGUAAUUUAUUUUUACUCUUUUAAAACAAGAGUGGGGGUUUUUUUAGCAUUUAAAUUUUUAUACGUUUUACUAAACUCUUCCAACGUACGUAUUUCAUUAGAUAGUUUAGUUUUUCUGUUUGGAACCUAUACAUAAUAUACUGUUGGCAUAUUUCUGGAAACACAACUCAAAGUACUAACUCAUCAAUAUUUUAAAAACCUUACAA